AUGGACGUUGAUGAAGGGAAGAUUUCAUCUGGAUAUGCUAAGCCUCCAUGGAUAUUCAAAGGAAGUGCGUUGUACCAGAUUCACCUUGUGAAAGCUGCGACUGCUCGAGCCUUCAUCCCCAAGGAGUUUCGACUUGUUGAAGCUUUUGGAUACACUCUUGGUGGGUUUUUCCUCGCUAGCUAUGAUGAUAGCCCUGCUGGUGUCUUUGAUGAGCUUGUUGUGAUUGCAGGGAUUGUAUGGAACCCUCCUACAUCAUGCGCAUGGGCCGCGAGGGUGCUUGUGAACAGCAAUGAGGCUUGUCAUCAUGGACGCAAGGAAGUAGGACUUCCAAGCCAAGUUGCAAGAUUUUCAAAGAGAAUCACAGCAGUUCCAAAGCGGAAAAGGGAAAGAGCUUUUGGUUUCUUGAACACAUAUGGGUUGGGAACUAGUCUGUCUCAUUCUGAGGAUUUGGUGGAGGUUAAGGUUAGUGAAGUUGAUGGUGCUGCUUCUGCAGAUAUCUGCAACAUCCAAACUAGAUCGGAUGAAUCAGAGACCAAACACAGAAGCUGGAUGGGACCCGCAAUCAAAAUGUCCCUCCCAAGUUUUAGUGGCAAUACAAAGUACAACUCAAACCUGCUCAAAUACUCAUGCCAUCUCCACUGCAGGGUGAGGCCGGUGAGACCUGCGGUUGUAUCAGGGUCUUUGGAAGAGGAGGUAGAGAAUCAUACAUCGCAAGAAUCACUUGAAAAUGAAAGGCGGUUAAGCGUGGCAGUGAUGCUAUCGAAACCAAUAAUAGCUCUUCAGUUCAAAUGCUUAACAAUGCAAGUAGAAGCCCCUGUUGUAGUUUGCCCCUCAUUGUAA